CUGUAGUUCCAUCAUUGUAACAGCAGAAUCCUUGUUGAUUCUUUACUUUUUGUCCUCAGGUGAGUCUGGUCUCGGUAAAUCCACUCUCAUCAACUCUCUGUUCCUGACUGACCUGUACUCCAAGGAUUACCCUGGACCGUCGCAGCGCAUAAAGAAGACUGUGCAGGUAGAGCAGUCUAAAGUUUUGAUCAAGGAAGGCGGCGUCCAGCUGACGCUAACCAUCGUGGACACGCCGGGUUUUGGAGAUGCAGUGGACAACAGCAAUUGCUGGCAGCCCGUCAUAAAUUAUAUCGACAGCAAGUUUGAGGACUUCCUGAACGCAGAGUCGAGGGUGAACCGUAGAUCCAUGCCGGACAACAGAGUUCACUGCUGCCUGUAUUUCAUAGCGCCUUCUGGACACGGUUUAAAGCCUCUGGAUAUUGAAUUCAUGAAGAGGCUCCACGACAAAGUCAACGUCAUUCCUCUUAUUGCGAAAGCAGACACACUGACCCCCGAGGAGUGUCAGCUGUUUAAAAAGCAGAUCAUGAAAGAGAUUCAGGAGCACAAAAUAAAGAUUUAUGAGUUCCCCGACACCGAGGACGACGAGGACAACAAGCUCAUACGAAAGAUCAAGGAAAAGAUGCCUUUGGCUGUGGUUGGCAGCAAUGUGGUUGUAGAGGUGAACGGCAAGAAGGUCAGAGGUCGCCAGUACCCAUGGGGCGUGGCAGAAGAGGGCAUUUUUGUGGAGAAUGGAGAGCACUGCGACUUCACGGUGCUGCGCAACAUGCUGAUCCGGACCCACAUGCAGGACCUGAAGGACGUCACUAACAACGUCCACUACGAGAACUAUCGCAGUAAGAAACUGGCCGCCGUCACCUGUAACGGGGUGGACACCUCAAAGGCCAAGGGACAACUCACAAAAAGUCCUCUGGCUCAGAUGGAGGAGGAGCGCAGGGAGCACGUGAUGAAGAUGAAGAAGAUGGAGGCAGAGAUGGAGCAGGUCUUUGAAAUGAAGGUUAAGGAGAAGAAGCAGAAGCUGAAGGAUUCAGAGGCCGAGCUGGAGAGGCGCCACGAGCAGAUGAAGAGGAACCUGGAGGCGCAGUACAAAGAGCUGGAGGAGAAGAGGCGAGUGUUUGAGGACGAGAAGGCCAACUGGGAAGCUCAGCAAAGAAUCCUGGAGCAGCAGAAACUGGACGCCUCCAAGACAAUGGAGAAGAACAAGAAGAAAGGAAAAAUCUUUUAAAGCCCGAGUCGGCCUCCCGGUUUGGUUUCAAGCUCUUCUUCCUCUCCAUCUCCUCUGAAGUCUUCGUGUCAUGUGGGCCUGAGACCGCACACUCAGUCAGAAA